AUGGUUAAGAUGGCUUCAACGGAGGAACAGGAUAGGAAAAUAGUGCUCGAAUUCUGCCACCUGCUGGAGAAGUCGAAACAGCUAUUCAACGGACUUCGCGAUCUGCCACAGUAUGGGCACCGGCAGUGGCAGGCGUACUUCGGUCGAACGUUCGACGUUUACACCAAGCUGUGGAAGUUUCAGCAGCAACAUAGACUAGUACUAGAUUCUAAGUAUGGUUUAAAGCGAUGGCAAAUCGGAGAAAUAGCUAGCAAAAUUGGACAACUCUAUUAUCAUUAUUACCUUAGAACGAGUGAAACAAAUUAUCUCAAUGAGGCAUACUCUUUUUAUGCUGCGAUCAGGGGGCGCGCUUACUACUCUAGAGCAAUCAAGGAGGACCGACCGGAUCUCAUGGUUAAGAAACUACGUUACUACGCUAGAUUUAUUGUUGUUUGUUUACUGUUGAAGAAGAUGAAGCUAGUGAGAGAGUUAGUUAUUGAAUUGGAGCGACAAAUACAGGAAUACACCACUACGUACGAGCCAGAAGAUCAGCUAGAGUGGUCACUAGUGCUGGAGGAAAUAAAGGGGUUCAUCAAGGCGGAAUCGGCCGUCGCCGUGCUGCAUGCCGAUACGAACCCGAUCGUACUAUCGCACAGUGGUUCUGGUUCCAGGUUAAGCCCGCUCACCACCCCACCCUGCGAACGGACACCGCACAUGACGCUCAGCCUGCAGGAGAUUUUGAUCGUUGGUUCCGCUUGCGAGCAGGCCAAAUUUUCGGAGCUAACGAUGGACAUGUUUCGGAUGUUACAAACGUUGGAACGUGAACCAACCGAUGCGAUGCAUCCCAUGAUCGGUCAUCCGAUGGCACACGGAGGUCCACACGAUGCUAGUCCAGCCGCGAGUCGUAUGCCACCGUACGGUGUACCGGGUUCCAAAGGAUACGUGGAAAAUGGAGAUCGCCGAGCGAUGCGUGAUAAUCCACACAAGUAUUUGCUGUACAAGCCAUCACUCAGCCAGCUGAUGGUGUUUUUAUCCAGCGGGUUCAAGGAGCUGCCGCCGGGUGGUGCACUGUUGCUGUACAUGUCCGCCGACGGGUGCUUCUCGACUACGAAGCAUCCGCAAGAUUAUGGUUACGAGCUGGGAGGAUUGGCCACGAGUGUAAAACGCGACGCAGUAGACAGUGGACUAUCGGUGCGUGGGAAAUCGAGCGCCGGCUACAAGGAACCGCACUGUCUGUAUCCGGGCGAUCUAUAUCCGUACACGCGGCGGCCUCUCUUCAUCAUAAUCGAUUCGGAUAAUUCAUUCGUGUUCCAGCACAUACCGAGGUACUUCGGUCAGCCGUUAGUUAUACUCAUGUCACCACAGGAUAUUCCUGCCAACUACCAAGAUUUGCAGCAUCACGGUUCGCUGUUUACGUUAUUCCUGCAUUCGCCAAUGACGGCCAUGUGCUACAUCUGCAAUGUCGGCGAUGUGCCGAUACAUCACUGGGAACGAUGUCAAAGUUAUGUGGACCGGUUCGUUACCGAAGCGUCCCGUCUAGUGACGCGUUGCCGGAUGGACGAAAUUGAACAGGGUAUCGGGUACAUAGACUCAUCGUACGUGCAGUUCUUCGGUGAUGAUUUCCUGCGAACGCUCAUUCUACGGUUCGUGUUUUGCGAUGUGGCGUUACGACUGCACCGUGGCUUCCGGGGGCGGCAUCAGCGACCCCGCUGCGAACCACCCCUUCCCGGGCCGGAACUGCUAGAACAUCCGUCACUGGCGCACAUCGUGCUGCAGCUAGCCACCGCGCUCGACGUGAGGGGCCACUUUGUGGAGGGUCCGGAAGGCGAUUGA